AUGGAGACUAUUGAGGGAGGAGCCCGGCAGACUAGCGCUUUUACUGACUGAACGCUCUUGUUCACUACGAGGAGGCACCAAACAUUUCUCAGAGGGUGGCGACCAUUCCCAAUUUCCAAUUCAGACACCAGCUGCAAAUCCCAGGCAUUUGAAGACAAUUACAAACAUCUUAUUAGGGCUCACCAGGCAGCAACGACGCACACAUGUCUUACCAAGGCAAAAAGAAUAUCCCGAAGAUCACAAGUGAUCGGCUCCUGGUCAAAGGAGGCAGAAUCGUUAAUGAUGACCAGUCCUUCUAUGCAGACAUCUACAUGGAAGAUGGCCUCAUCAAGCAAAUUGGAGACAACCUGAUCGUCCCUGGUGGGGUGAAGACCAUCGAGGCCAAUGGGAAGAUGGUGAUCCCGGGUGGGAUUGACAUCCACACCCACUUCCAGAUGCCCUACAGGGGGACCACCACAGUGGACGACUUCAACCAGGGCUCCAAGGCCGCCCUGGCCGGAGGGACCACCAUGAUCGUGGAUCAUGUGAUCCCUGAGCCAGGCUGCAGUCUGUUGGAGGCGUUCGAUCGCUGGAGGGAGUGGGCGGACGAGAAGGCCUGCUGCGACUACUCUCUCCACGUGGACAUCACGCACUGGAACGACAGCGUCAAGCAGGAGGUGGAGACCCUCCUCAAGGAGAAAGGUGUGAACUCCUUCCAGGUGUACAUGGCCUACAAGGACUUCUAUCAGAUGAGCAACAGUGAGCUGUAUGAGAUCUUCACCUUCCUGGGAGAGAUGGGAGGGAUUGUGCAGGUCCAUGCAGAGAACGGAGAGAUCAUCGCAGAGGAGCAGACACGCAUGCUGGAGAUGGGCAUCACUGGACCAGAGGGCCACGUGCUCAGCCGCCCAGAGGAGCUGGAAGCGGAGGCUGUGUUCCGUGCCAUCACCAUUGCCAGCCAGACCAACUGCCCCCUCUACAUCACCAGGGUGAUGAGCAAGAGUGCUGCCGACAUCAUCUCCCAGGCCCGCAAGAAAGGUAAUGUUGUGUUUGGAGAGCCAAUCACAGCCAGUCUGGGGACUGACGGGACACACUACUGGAGCAAGAACUGGGCUAAGGCCGCCUCCUUUGUGACAUCACCACCGCUGAGCCCCGACCCCACCACCCCAGACUACCUGAACACGUUACUGGCCAGUGGUGACCUGAAUGUGGCCGGCAGUGCUCACUGCACCUUCAGCGUGGCCCAGAAGGCCAUUGGGAAGGACGACUUCACCCAGAUCCCAGAGGGGGUGAACGGAGUGGAGGAGAGGAUGUCCCUGAUCUGGGACAAGGCCGUGGUGACCGGGAAGAUGGACGAGAACAUGUUCGUGGCCGUGACCAGCACCAACGCUGCCAAGAUCCUCAACCUGUACCCGCGCAAGGGCCGGAUAGCCGUGGGCUGUGACAGCGACCUGGUAAUCUGGGACUCAGAUGCCGUCAGGACCGUCACGGCCAAGACACACAACUCGGCUGCUGAAUAUAACAUAUUUGAGGGAAUGGAGCUUCGUGGGGCCCCCAUGGUGGUGAUCUGCCAGGGGAAGAUCGUCCUAGAGGACGGCAACCUGCACACCGUCUCCGGCAGCGGACGCUUCCUGCCCUGCUCCCCCUUCCCAGACUUUGCCUACAAGAGAGUCAAGGCCAGGAAGCAGCUGGCAGUGAUCCGGGCAGUGCCCAGGGGCAUGUACGACGGGCCCGUGGCUGAAUUCACCCCCAUGUCUCGCGGCGCCACCCCGGCCUCCUCCGCCCGCACCUCACCCACCAAACAGAUCCCUGUGCGGAACCUGCACCACUCCGGCUUCAGCUUAGCCAGCAGCCAAGUGAUGCAGCAUGGGCCACCUGCUGACGACAAUCCCAUUCGUCCUGGUGGACGCCGCAUCGUAGUGCCCCCUGGUGGCAGGUCCAACAUCACCUCCCUGAGCUAAAGAGGAUUCCCACACGGCAGGGGCAAGGCAACCGAGUUCUGAAUAGAGAAUGAACGAGGGAGGGGUUGUUAGGAUAAAUAAAAUAAAAAAAAUAAAAAUAAAAAAAAACAACAAUUCUUUUUUUGAAGGCAAGCAAAACACUGACUCCUCAUGCCUUAUCUGUCACGAAUGGUACCUGCGCCAGCUUUUAAACUGCACAGUAUUACUUCUCCUGAGAUCUGCCACACCAGUCAAUUUGUAAUUGAUAUCGGUGCACCAACUACCCAGUAUAAACCGCACAAACUGUACACAACAAGAGACUCCACUUCAACACUUGAAGCUUGAAGAUCUGAUAAUGGUUAAUUGCAUGAAAGAGGGAAAUCCGUUAACACACAGUCUCACGUCCACGUGGUUAAACACAAACACAAAACAAAUGUAUCCAGAAAGAAAGAACCAACCAUCAGUCAGAACACACACUGGCAUGGUAGGAGAAGGAAUACCGUCUGUUUUCAGAAUGUGGCUUUGGUUUGUUCCAUUAGACGUUUUUAAUGUCAUCUUUUUGUUUACUAGUCUGCUAAUAAUCCCUAGCAUUUGAAACAUGCAAUUCCAUCCAUUGUUGGUAGGUGGCGAUGUGAGUAUGGUAGAUGUAACGUAGCUUUUCGUAUGAUGUUGUUGCAGCCUUCCUUGGGUCACUGUGCCCCGGGAGUGAUUGAUUUCAUGAGACAUUAUUGAUAAGAGUUCGAAACAAAUGAAGAAGAAAAAGAAAAGAGACCAGGUGAAAGAGCUCUGUUGUAUUGGUUUUGCAGUCAUGCAAAAAAAAGAAGCAUGCUGGCUGAAAAUGGUCCUUGUGUUCUUUUCCGUUCAAGUGCUCUUCCCUCUCGCGCUGAUUGUGACCCACUCCCCUCAUCCCCAGAUAACAGGGAACUCUGAACCCUGAACCCUGAACCCUGAACCCUGAACUCUGAAGCAGAUCUGGGACAGACCUGGGCCAGACCUGGGCCAGAUCUGCAACAGAUCCAGGUGCUAUCUUGGUCAGUUGCUUGUCAAGCUUUCCUGCCUGUUGCUUCAUACAUCAUAACUGACUACCUGGAGAAAAAAAAAAAGUGAUUCUGAUCUCAUAAUAACUGAAAGAAAUGAUUAAACAAGUUUAGGAAUAAAUGAUAAAUUGCCCCGGGCCUCAAAAUUGACAGUUAAGGCCUUGUGAAACUAUACACAUUAUGCUGAUUUUAAAACAAACAAACAAAUCUGCAUUGCUUCUUGCGUUCUUCCUUACUUUCUGACAUAUGGUUUUGGAAAUAUCUCUUGUGAUGAGCUCCUUCACGUGUAAGGAGGCCCAUACCUCUGAGGCACUAACAUACUAAACAGGCAAUAUCAUGUUUUUAUUGUCAAAAAAAAAACAAAUGUUCGACACAAUUACACAGGUCUGAAGGGACGUUCAGCAGGCAUUUCCCCAUUCUAUACUCCAUUAUACGUCCUGUUUGAGGACUUUUAUUGCACUUGGUUACAUUUCUCUGGCAUUGAAAAAUGUAAAUAAAUGCAGGUAGGAGCAGGUUGGAAUGCGCUGAAUGCACGGACAUACAGAGAAGUACUAUCUCUCCUCUGUCCCUUCAGAGUCUCAUAGUUGGGGCAGGUCUAGAAUCAGUGUUUUAUCUCUGGCAAUGAAAACUGUGUUUAGCUCUUAUAAAGGAUGUUCCAAGAGAUAUAGUCCUUCCUUCUAAUCAGCUGCCAUUUUAGUUAACAACACACAGCAUUGAUGAAGGCUUAUUGUAACUCUCUCAUACAAGUUGUUCUUAGCAUUUGUUAUAAUUUGGUAAAAGUUUAAUUUUUUUAUGAUCCCAACCAAAAGCAGAGGAAGGACGGAAUACAAGGUAUUCAGAAUGAGGUGAAAGCAAGCAAAACCAAGUAGUUGUUUUAUUUAUGUUCGUUGACUAUCUUUGUUAUAGGUUUUAUGUUCUUUUUUACAGUUGUAUCAAGAAACAGAAAAAAAGCCAGGUGAAACCCAAACUGAGAUGUGGUUGUAUGAAUUGUUCCUGAAUAAACAUCAUUUGCAACUGAA